UAUGGAGGAUUUCGUUGAAUUAGACGUGAUUGGACGAGGAGCCUUCGGAACUGUGACCUUGUGCCACCGCAAAUCGGACAAGAACCUGCUAGUGCUUAAAGAAAUCCAGCCGCAGGACAAACCUGAGAUCACCGAAGAGGAGGUAAAAGUCGUCUCAAGCUUCAAUCACCCCUUGAUCGUCCGCUUUUUCGGCCGCUUCAUGCAAAAAAACAGCAUGUUCAUCAUCAUGGAAUACAUGGCCGGUGGCUCCUUGUGGCACUACCUAAAGGGUCGGAAAGGAAAUCUCCUACCUCAGGAGCAGGUGAUCCGCUUGUUCGCCCAGUUGGUGAUCGCUGUCGAGCACAUCCACUCGAGAAAGGUGCUGCACAGAGACAUCAAGCCGAAAAAUUGCCUACUCUCUGCCGAUCACUCCAUCAUCAAAAUCGGAGACUUUGGAAUAUCAAAAUUCUUGGAGUCAAGCAGGUCCCGCUCAGGCUCGAUUGUGGGAACCCCUGAGUACUUCUCCCCUGAGUUGUGUCGCGGCGAGGCUUACGGACGCAAAAGCGACGUCUGGGCUUUGGGAUGCGUCCUCUACGAAAUGAUGACCCUGACCAGACCCUUUCAUGCAACCUCGGUGCCAGGACUGGCCAUCAAGAUCCUCAGCGGCGAGGUCAAACCACCGGAUGCCCAAAAGUAUUCUGAGAUUCUCAGGCAACUGCGAAAGGACAUGAUGCACCCUGAGCCGUCUGAGAGGGUUGGAAUCAGGGCGUGCGCUGCGUGUCCCCUGGUGGCAGUCGAAAUAGUCAGACUUGCCUGCACCUUAGGGCGGGCUUAAGUGGAGGAAUAUUUCUAGUGAGGUGAUGAAUUGAAUUUUAGAGCAAUGUGUUGAUUGGAAAAGUCC